AUGUUUCUUACGAGAUUUUUCGGGAGGAGAUUCUUGACGGCUGCAUCAACGAGAUCAGAGUUCGCUACUGCAGCAGCUGCUUCGACGAUUCGGACAGCUAAAAAUCCUCUUGAAGAGUUCUUUGAGUUCGAUAGAAGCCAUGACGAAGAUAAACCUGUUGUCUACGGUCGAGGUUGGAAAGCUUCAGAAUUACGCCUUAAGUCGUGGGACGAUCUUCAGAAGCUGUGGUAUGUUCUUCUGAAAGAAAAAAACAUGUUGAUGACUCAGCGUCAAAUGCUUCAAGCCCAGAACAUGCAGUUUCCAAACCCUGAACGCAUUCCAAAGGUGAGGAGAUCAAUGUGCCGCAUAAAGCARGUSCUGACAGAGAGAGCYAUUGAWGAACCGYAUCCWAGAAGAUCAGRUGAGAUGAAGAGAAUGGUUUUGGUCGAGAAAAUGGGAUUUCUCGAAGGAUCAAAUAAAGCUUCGUCUUUGGCUGACAACGAUGUUUUACGUUGUUGUCGGCUAUGGAGUGAACUAGAACAACGAAUUGCCACUCUUGAGUUCGACCGUGACCGGAAAUCAAUGGGAGUUAUGGUGGAUUCCAGCUCAGGAAAGAAACUGCUACUGGUUAAGUUAAGAAAACUUUUGUCCCCUCUUUUUUCAGCACCUCAAAGACCUAUACUGGAAAGGAGUACUCGUAUUCAGUUACUUGAUGGCUCCACUCAAGAACUUGACCAAUACUCAAGGGAUCUUAUUUUACAAAGCCUACGUGAUAUGUCCUUGAGUGCAUUAAGAUGUCUCGGAUUUGCAUACUCAGAUGRUCCAUCAGAUUUUGCCACUUAUGAUGGCAAUGAAGACCAUCCUGCUCACCAGCAACUUCUCAACCCAUCCAAUUAUUCUUCUAUUGAGUCCAAUCUAGUAUUCGUUGGAUUUGUUGGUUUAAGGGAUCCUCCGAGGAAAGAGGUGCGUCAAGCCAUUGCAGACUGCAGAACAGCUGGUAUCCGGGUCGUGGUUAUUACUGGAGACAACAAAAGCACAGCGGAAGCGAUCUGCCGUGAAAUUGGCGUAUUUGAAGCAGYUGAAGAUAUCUCUUCAAGAAGCUUGACAGGAAACGAAUUUAUGAAUGUUCAAGAUCAGAAGAAUCAUCUAAGACAAACUGGAGGGCUCUUGUUCUCAAGGGCUGAACCAAAGCACAAACAAGAGAUUGUUAGGUUACUGAAAGGAGAUGGAGAAGUGGUUGCUAUGACUAGAGAUGGAGUUAAUGUUGCUCCUGCACUGAAGGAGAUGGAGAAGUGGUUGCUAUGA